AAUGUAAGAUGGCGGAGUAGCAACGCGAAGCGGUUAGUACUCAGUCUGUCUCCAGUACGACUUCAGUUCCAGCCUCGGCAGCAGCAGCGAUCGCCGAGCUCAGAGUGCUCAGAGUAGUUGCCCAGGAUGCCGAAUAUCAAAAUCUUCAGCGGCAGCUCCCACCAGGACUUAUCCCAGAAAAUUGCCGACCGCCUGGGCCUGGAGCUAGGCAAGGUGGUGACUAAGAAAUUCAGCAACCAGGAGACCUGUGUGGAAAUUGGCGAGAGUGUGCGUGGAGAGGAUGUCUACAUUGUUCAGAGUGGUUGUGGAGAAAUCAACGAUAAUCUCAUGGAGCUUUUGAUCAUGAUUAAUGCCUGCAAGAUUGCUUCAGCCAGCCGGGUUACUGCAGUCAUCCCAUGUUUCCCUUAUGCACGGCAGGAUAAGAAGGAUAAGAGCCGAGCUCCAAUCUCAGCCAAGCUUGUCGCAAAUAUGCUGUCUGUAGCAGGCGCAGACCAUAUCAUCACCAUGGAUCUACAUGCUUCUCAAAUUCAGGGCUUUUUUGAUAUCCCAGUGGACAAUUUGUAUGCCGAACCAGCUGUUCUCAAGUGGAUAAGGGAGAAUAUCUCUGAGUGGAGGAACUGCACAAUUGUCUCACCUGAUGCAGGUGGAGCUAAGAGAGUGACCUCCAUUGCAGACCGGUUGAAUGUGGACUUUGCCUUAAUUCACAAAGAACGGAAGAAAGCCAAUGAAGUGGACCGCAUGGUGCUUGUAGGAGAUGUGAAGGAUCGAGUGGCUAUCCUUGUGGAUGACAUGGCCGACACUUGUGGCACUAUAUGCCAUGCAGCUGACAAACUUCUGUCAGCUGGAGCCACCAGAGUUUAUGCUAUUUUGACUCAUGGAAUCUUUUCUGGCCCGGCCAUUUCUCGCAUCAAUAAUGCUUGCUUUGAAGCAGUAGUAGUCACCAAUACCAUACCUCAAGAGGAUAAGAUGAAGCAUUGCUCCAAAAUACAGGUGAUCGACAUCUCUAUGAUCCUUGCAGAAGCCAUCAGGAGAACUCAUAAUGGGGAAUCUGUUUCCUACCUGUUCAGCCAUGUCCCUUUGUAAUAGAAUAACGUC